AUGAUCACAAACGUUACACUUAAAGAAAGCAAUUUUCAUAUCUGGGAUGAUUGGGGUCGACCGAAUGACCAGUCCCUUCACAGUAACCAAUUUGUCAAUAUCGGUCGGAUUAAGCUCACGCAUUCCUCUUUGAUUUUGGAUGUUGAAAGGCCGCACUUUGUAGACGUUGGAUUCGAUCUCAUCAACAAGCUGAUCUUGAGGGUCUGCAUUGGACGCAUUGUCCAAGGUCAAAGAAACCAUACAAUCCUUGAUGGUUUGAUCCAUGAUCGGAAUGACUUCCUGUGGAUAAUUGAUUAA